AUGUCAAUAAUCGACCCCUCCUUGUUCGAACCCCCUCGGGAUUCCGAUAUGCCACAGCAGGUAUUCGAGAACGAGUAUCGGUAUAUCCGCAAAUCAUACCCCCACGAAAUUCUGAUCUAUACUGACGGAGCCUGCCAAAAUAAUGGGCAGAACAAUCCUCAGGCCAAUUGUGCGUUUGUCUUCCGCCCUUCUGCCUACUCCCCAAACGAUAAGAGGUCCUACAGGCUUGCCUACCAGCAUAAAAGCAACCGUGCCAAACUCCGAGCCGUUAUUGCUGCAUUGCAGUUUCGAGAUUGGGAUACGGACUGCAAUGUGGGGUGGAGAAGUGUAGUUAUCGCAACAGAUUCCGAAUACGUUGCGAUCAAUGCCACGGAUAGGAUAAGGCGUUGGGAAACUUCCGGUUGGGAGACCUACGACUGGAGAUUGAGCUGCCGAGUCGCUAUCAAAAACCAGGAUCUGUGGAAAUUGCUACUGGUCGAGAUUCGAAGGCUCCAGUCAAAGGGAGUCCAUGUUUCUUUCUGGAUGAUACCGCGUGAAUGGAACGAGAUGGCCAACAAAUAUGCCAAGGUGGCUGUUGGACUUCAAGCUUCGGAGAGCUUCUUUAGACAUAGGGCACUUGGCCAUCGGGUCCGUCCUAGAGCCGUGGAAGCCUAA